GCGAUGCAACCCGCGUUCGCGUUCCCCUGGACCCACCUGCAAGUCCCCGAAUUUCGUAUUGUCAAUUCUAUAAUCCGUACUUGAUGCAUAACUUCGCUCCGUGAUGCCCGGGACCUAAUGCGUGUUGUCGACAUUGCGAGUUUUGAUUCUGUUCAUGUGUUUUUGUUAACUUGUACUGCUCCAGGCGUAUCUGCCUGAAAAUCUAUUCACCAUGGGUGUCAUUUCCUUCGUUUGUUCGAUGUACACUCUCGAUACCCUCGACACCCGCUUUACGAACCCGUCCUCGACACCCUACAAGACCGUGAUAGAAGAGCGAGACGACGUAGUGGCUAGCAAGGAACGUGCUGCGGAGUGGAAGAGCCGAGGCAAGCCAUCAAAAUGGAACACCCCGGAAUUUUAUGUGUACCGCUUCCUCCUCUGUUUUAUCGUACCGUACAUGUUCUGGGCUUGCUAUGAUGCUUCAAGACCUGAGGAGCCCAAAUAUCAAAGAUACGAGCAACUACUCUCGCCAGGGUGGAUUCCUGGGCGCAAAAUCGAUGCCUCAGAUGCGCAAUAUGGUACUUUUCGGAGUAAUAUCCCGUAUAUGGCAGCACUUCUUAUUUUCCAUCCCCUUUUGCGCCGAGUAUAUAAUGCGGUUGUAUACCCAAUAAAAUCGACGGGGCAGUCGGCGCGACCGACACCAGAAGAAGCGGACCAGAAAUUGGAUCAGCGAGCUUCGUUCGACUUCGCCUUUGCGCUGAUAUACCUCGUUGCGCUACACGGGAUUUCGGCCUUUAAGAUUCUUUUCAUUCUCCAUUUGAACUACCAACUCGCAACAACACUGCCCCGGAAAUAUAUACCCGCUGCGUCCUGGAUCUUCAACGUCGGCAUUCUCUUUGCCAACGAAAUAUUUAAGGGCUUCAGAUUUGGUGAUCUCGCUGCGCUAAUCGUUGGUCCCUCUGACACGCCUGAACUUCUCGACAAUGGUCUGGUUUCGUGGGGUCAAUGGCUCGAUAGCUACGGCGGGAUCAUGAGUCGAUGGGAGAUUCUGUUUAACAUUACUGUCUUGCGACUGAUUAGUUUCAACUUGGACUACUACUGGAGCCUAGACCGCAGAAGUUUUAGCCCGAUCGAGAAACAAAUCGACCCGUCUGCCUUGAGCGAACGAGACCGUAUAUCCAUCCCGGCACAGGAAAAGGACUUCUCAUUUAGGAACUACGUUGCGUACGCCAUCUACGCUCCCCUGUACUUGACGGGUCCAAUAAUCACCUUUAACGACUUCAUAUCGCAGUUGCGGUAUAAAUCCGCUAGCAUCGAGACGGGGCGCACGAUACGUUACGGGGUGCGCCUCGCCCUGACCCUUCUUGCAAUGGAGGUUAUCUUGCACUAUAACUACGUUCAAGCUAUCUCCAAAGCAAAUCCCGUAUGGAGCGAGUACACGGCGGCGCAGCUCAGUCUGCUUAGCUAUUUCAACUUGCAUCUGAUCUGGCUUAAGCUGCUUUUGCCGUGGCGAUUCUUCCGGCUCUGGUCUCUCGUCGACGGCGUAGACCCGCCCGAAAACAUGAUCCGCUGCGUCAGCAAUAACUGGAGCACGCUCGCCUUCUGGCGCAGCUGGCAUCGCAGCUUUUAUCGCUGGUCCCUGCGGUACAUAUACGUGCCACUCGGAGGGUCAAGCUUCCGCACCCCCCGCGACGCCGCCCGGUCCCUGCUCACGUACGUCCUCGUCUUCACAUUCGUUGCCCUCUGGCACGAUAUUGAGAUGAACCUAUUGAUCUGGGGUUGGCUCAUCGUCUUGUUCAUGCUACCCGAGAUGGCGGCUGGAUUCCUUUUCCCAAAACGCGCCUGGGAGAGCAGACCUACGACUUAUCGCAUACUCUGCUGUGUAGGAGCCGUAGGAAAUAUUUUCAUGAUGAUGACCGCGAAUCUAGUUGGAUUUGCUGUCGGCUUAGACGGGCUGAUGAGUAUCAUCGCGGGUAUCUUUAAAGACUUUUCUGGGUUCACAUUCCUCAUCACCAGUUGUAUGGCAUUCUUCGUCACCGUUAAUAUCAUGUUCGAAAUCAGAGAGUCAGAGAUGAGGCGAGGCAUCAACCUAAGAUGUUAAUCUCGUAUUUUCGUAGUUGGUAUAAUCGGCCGCAAUGCAUCGCUAUCCCGGCGUUGUACUGAUAUUCAUAGAUGGAACAAAUAUAAAAAUUAUUAGUGAAUGAUUCAAUUUCGACUCAAUGCGUGUACUUCCCACGAUAACAAUGUUAUUUUAAGCACCCCUAUUUCAGCAAUUUCUUUCUUUUCUCAACCA